CUUUCUAACCCCCAACGAUUGAGACAGAAAAAGUGACUGAAUAUGGACAUAAAUGGACAUGUUUCUUGAAGACAAUUGUCGCUUCUUCUUUUGUUGAAUGAACACCCCGUGAAGCACGACAUUCAGGGCGAAUUACUGUAAUAAUUAAGACUUUGUGUAGCCUUCGUGGAGCUAGAUGUUUAAGUAUGAUUUAACUAAACCGUUAACUCCCAAACGGCGGCAGAAUGGGUUGCUAAGCAACAUAAAAGAAAGAAAGAAACACGUAAUCGGCGCCGUCAUAAAGUGAUUCUCUGCCAUGUUGAAUUUAAAAGUUUUGGCGCACGUUAGGUCAACCACAGUUUAGUCUUUGCUAGCUUUAGACAGAACGUCGACAUGGAUUUUAUCGAGGGCAGCAUUGGCAUCUACAGACCCCUUAUGAAGUUUUUCGACACACCUGCAUACAAACAAUCUCUGGUGACUUGCUGGAAUCAUGUGUCUUACAAAUUACAGAUUGGACUGUUGGCAGAACUUUUAAGACUUCAGCAGAAGAACCUGAUCCCAUCUGAAGUGACUGCUGAAGCAAUGACUGACCUGCUGGUGAUGGAAACAAAGAAUUCACUUCGAAUAAAACUUUGGGAGUUUGAAGUGGAAGACUCCUUUGAGGCUGAGUCCAAGCUGGUUUUUGAGGUGAACACCAGCAUGAAGAUGAGAGACGUUGAAUUUGAAGCCAGAAGGCUCAUCGACUCUCCUGAGAUGAUUCCUCCCCAGUUGAAACAUCCAAGGAUCCUCCAAAAAGCUAAGCAGCUUGCUGGGACUUUGAAGCAGCAGGAGGCCAACUAUGAUGAUGUCCUUAGCCCACGUGAGAUGGUGAUAAAGGUUCUUCCAAAAGUGCUACAGAGGUUUUGGUUACCUCCGCAAAGCCCCGCCUUCACCAUGCCGUCGCGCUACCUCAGCAAAAUGGCUGUCGGAGUAACACAGGCUGUGGUGGACCGCAUCUCCCAGACACUGUCCUCCGUCCAAAUCCAAUUCUCCUACUCUGUAAGAGACAAUUUGGUUCUGUCUAUCCAGGAGAAAGUAAGACAGCCAUUCAUUGAGCAUGACCUGGUGGAGAGCAUUCACAGCUUUCAACCAGAGUUCCUAAAGACCAUCACAGAUGUCACAGUUGAAGAAAUCGUUGCACAGUCUGCUCUUUUUGUAUCUGUCCCUUCUUCACCGUCUCCUGAUCCUUCUUCAGAGACAGAUUCACUGCCAGAUGAUGAAGACUUGAUUGAGGAGCCAACCAAAGAGAGAGACUCUCUCGUGAAGGAAGAAGCUGUGGAUUUUUCAGCAACUCAAUUCCUUCCUUCAAGUAAAGAGAAUGACAUGGGUGUUAAUAAUAUGAUGCUGUCGAUGCUGCUCAGUAAUGUUUCAAACUGGAUGAAAACGCUCUUUAUCCGAGAGUACAAAUUAAGAUCAUAGACUUUGGACAUUGUGUUAACUGCAUAGCCGGUGGUUGGUGCCCACGCCUUUCAGACACAAACUACCAAAGUGCGAUAUUGUCAUGUCACACAGCAGUUGCAAUUUGCUUCAUUAAAAUAGUUUGAAGCAUGCUGACAUUAGCGCGACACUUACCUCAACACAGAGGACAGUUGGCAGUGAUUUCAGGCGUUUUACAUCACACUUGCCUUACGGCGGCUGGAAUUACGCCGUCUAUACUACUUCAGAAACCAAUUUCAGGCUAGACUGCAAGCUUCCAUCCUGCAUUUUGCACCUUAUGCUAAGGACAGUGAGCUGGGGGGGAAAAAAACAGUAAUUGCAAUGUAAAUGGUGUUUUUUUUUUUUUUUUUAAACCAAGAACUGCAGUUGUAUAAUUUUGACCCCUCCCAUCCAAAUUGCACAGCAAGUCGCUUUCAUGGCGGACUUGUAACAGAUAUCCCUUUCCUUCUCCAAAUAUUGUAUGCUGUUUAUUGGCUACAAUACUUAUUGUACUUUAUUGUAAAUGAUUUUGAGGGGGAAAAAAGCCAGUAUUUGUUUUUGGUAUUUUAACAACCACAAUGUUUUUACUCAUUCAAAUGUACACGGUGUUCAGCUCACUUGGAUAAGCAUUUUUUUUCAUCUUAUUUAAAAAAAAAAAACAGCAUGGUAACAAUGUUGUUAUUAAUGCAUUUUUCAUGUUGAAGAGAAUUAAAGUCAUGAGCUACCAUAACAUAACUUUGAGGUACAUAUCUAGGUAUCUUGUUUGAACAAUGCUUUUAGAUCUCCGCAUGAAAUUAAACGCAACUAUGUACAGAA